ACCUUGAUCCAUUUUCUGACUCCAACCAUGCUGCUGCUCUUGGUUAAUUACACAUUGAUCUACUUGUUUAAUUCUUAUUAUAUAAUAUCUUGAAUCUUAAUAUACAAGUAUUAUCUUAUUGCAGAAAGAAUAUCGCUGCCACCACAACACAAGACCAGAGAGUUUGGAUACAAAUUCGAAGCGUCGAGUGGCUUCAAAACAUACCAACUGUAAUGCAGACAUGAUGAUUACUGUAAAAAACGUUAGCAAAGAUUCAAGGUAGUUUUUUUUUAGUACAUACUGUCAACAAAUUUGUAACAAAUUAAUGAUUGACUAGUGGUAAAAUAAUUAGUGGUUUAAUUGUCAAACAACCAGUUUGUGAUAAUUCCCCAUAAACAUGUUUCUAUUGUAGUACUACUGUACCUAAAAACUUUCUUUUUCAUAAUCAGUAUGUUCACUAUGUUGUUUUCUUUUAACAGAUUAAGGAUGCACUGUCAAUGAAGUAUCCAACAGCAGUACGAUUGAAGUACACACAUAACCACAAAGUUAUGUGUGCUGAUGCACUUAAGCAUAGGGAUGUUUCGGAAGAAGCAUCCAACUCUUUAAUCGAAUUGUUUAAAAGAAGGCAUGGACCAAAAGCAGCUGUUGAAAUGUAUAAGCAACAGUUGAUGCUGAAGUAUGGCGAGAAAUAUCCGGUCAUUGCUGCUGAUCGUUCGCUUUGCCCCGAUAUACCAUAUGCGCAUAGGUUAUACAGCAAAGUAUUCAAGGAACAAUACGGGAAUGCAUCAGAAGAGGAAAUGAUAACAGCUUUGGACAGCCAUGCCAGAAACUACAACGAAGAGAUUGGGAGCACCUGCAUGGCUGUGAAAGUUUUAAACGAUAAGCCUAUUGUUGCUGUGUGCACUCCAUUGAUGAAGCGCGUCCACGAGAACCUCAAGCAUUCUGGAGAAAUUGUCUUCAUGGACGCGUCCUCAAACAUGGAUCGCCACAAUUGUAGUGUUUUCAUCCUCUUAACACACAGUUGUGCUGGUGGUUUGCCACUGGGUGUUUUAAUCCCAACAUCAGAAUCAGAGGAGACAAUUGCCGAAGCACUAUCACUGUACAAAAUCAUUCUACCUCAGAGGUGUUUUGGUGGACGAGGUAUAAAGGGACCAACAGUUUUUAUGACUGAUGACUCAUCCGCGGAGCAAAAUGCUAUAAAAAAAGAAUUUCCGGAAGCAACAACACUCUUAUGCAUUUUCCAUAUUCUACAAGCUACGUGGAGAUGGCUAUGGAAUGGAAAAAAAUGCUUAUUAAAAUGUUUUUAUUAUGUGCUGACUUCAAGGUUUAUGCCAACAGACAAGAAUAUUACAAAACACAACAUCACUCAGAUUUCUGCAGUGGACUUUGAAGUUAGAAGUGGUCUUAAUGUGUACAACAUUAAUGUGGAAGUCGGCCACUGUACCUGCCCAGUAGGCAAAACUGGUGGACCCUGCAAGCAUCAAGGGUCUAUUGUAAAGCAUUACCAAUGUGCUACAUCCAACUUUGUACCUGUGAGCAACGCAGAGAUGAGGCUAUGCUUACAUAAGAUUGCAACAGGAAAGGAAGCAGCACCACUACCUGGCUUUUUUGAUGGCCUAACAGUGGCCAACACUGAAUUUCCCAUUGAUAACCAACAAGGUGAUGACAAUCCCCAAGACAUGCUAUUCGAUGACACCCAGGAUGUGUCUCAUGAAGACCCACAAGAUGUGAUUCUUGAUGACCCUCAAGGUGUGUGGCAUGAAAACCUGCAGAAUGUGCCUCAUGACGACCCUUAUGAUCGAACUUCAUCUGAACUAGUCGACAGUGCCACAGACACUCUGCGCUCCUUUUAUGACACAAUGAUCCUAAUGCUGCAGACUGACCCGGGUGUAAUGGGACCUGCAAUUAAUAAAUUUGAAGAAAACUUGAAACAUAUAAAGACCACCACACAUAUGUGUUCUGCCUUGAGCACAUUUGGAAAAUAUCAAGGUGUGACUGAAUCAUUGAUGACAAGAGGCAAUGACAGACUCAGAGGGAGUGGGAAAACCAUUGGCGUACAGCCAACUGCCACAGCAAGGCGGGCACAUAUGGGGCGAGGAGCCAGACGAAAGACGUCAGGGAGGCCAGCAAAGUCGUUCGUCAAAGAACAUGGCUAUUCAAUUGACAAGAAGAAAAGAAGGACAGCAGCUCCACACAGCCUUAGUCAUGCUGUGGAAUACAAUCAGUCAUUGGGAAAAUCACAUAGUGCUAAAUAAAAUGCUGAAUGCUGAAUAGCUUUUUGUGAUGAAUAAUUUAAGCUAAUUUAAAGAUGUACUACCAGUGAGCAUCAUGUAAAAAGAAAUAAACAUUUUAAUUCCAUAUUUGGAUUGCUUAAAUAACUUUUCUGUAUUCUUUUGCAUAAAUCCUUAAGAUGGUCAGUAUUCAAUUUAAAGAUUUUUGUAGUAAAAUGUCUGUAAAUCAAUGAAUCUACUUUCAA